AUGAACUCGCUUCCAUCAGUGCUCAACGAGAACUUCGAUCAUCCACUCGCCCCAACUCCUCCAGAAGAUCCUCCCCACCCUACUGUCAACUCUUCUGAACCUCCAAAGACUCCAAAAGCUCAACCCGAGCUCUCAAAGUCUCCUCAAAAGACGAAGGCGCCAAAUCCUCCGGAUCGGAACAGUCAUGAAGCUCCGGAGCCGGCUCCACUCGGAGCAGCACCUCAUCCAGCUCCAAUGUCGCCGAAUCUCAAUCCUGGCGAUUUUCCGCAGUUUGGUGGAGCUCAAGGCGUGGAUGACGACGCUGCUGGAGAAGAUCCGGCCGGGGAACUUCCAGACUUUGAUCAGCAUCGACAUCCCUACGUCAAAGCGUUGGUUAGGGUGAGUAGGCGAAUGAAUAAGAAGGAAUUAUCGGACCUUGGUGGCGCAAACCGGACCCGUUCCGGACGUUCUGAGCAUUUUCUGUGAUCAUUUGAGAUUGUUAAAGCCGCUAAAAGGAAACGCAAGACUUUUUACUGUAACUCUGAAGUAAAAAUUGAAAGAAAAAAUUGAAAGCAAUACAAAAAGAAAGCUGAUGGCAAUCGAAAACUAACUGCGAAAAAAGAAAAGAUAAAUAUGACACGCAUGUUCAAGGCCGCCGGUCGUAUUACGGUAAUCAAGCUAGGUUUUUGGGUAAUAAAGUUGAAACUUGUGUACUUUUUGUGACGUAACUCAUCUUGUAACCUCGAGAAAUAGGCCUUUAACAAAUUGCAAAAAAAGAAAAAAACUUUUUAUAAAUUUCCUGGCCCCGAAACUGACGACGCAACAUUGACCGGCCACCGGCCGCCGUGUCUUAAACAUGCGUGAUGAAAAAUGAAAAAAAAAUUUAUAAGCAAAAAAUUGGCAAAAUUAGGGGAAUCAUUACAGUGCUCGCGGAGGAAAAAUUAGCUGCCCAAAAAUCGAAAUCUGAACAGGAUUCUUCGCUCGUUAACCUACACGAGAGAAUCCGUGCUGGCCUCUAAAAUCAAGAAAAAAAAAAAAGUUUUUCCGCUCCAAUUUUUGUUUAUCCGUAAACGAAUUGACGAGAAAAACCGAUUGAUGCUACUAUUAUGUCUAAAACAACAAACCCCUAUAGAGACCCCUCAGAAAUUCCUCACUCUGGUGAAAAUUCCGUUCGCAGGAAACAAAUCUUCAGAGUUUCAAAAUGGUUAAUAAUAAUGAUUUAUUUCAUUCACAAAAACAUCAUCAGUGAAAAAUCAGGAGACAAAUGAUGGACACAAGGAGUGAGAUGAAUGGAAAUGAAUAAAACCCAAAUUUCCAGCACCCCAACGAGUGCAGAUACUGGGACUGAUUAUACACGUAAAUUUAGGAGAUAGAGUAAAGAUAAUUUCCUAAAGGAGUCUGGCCGGCACGUUCGUAUACAAUUCGCUGCUGUCGAGCGAGUCGAGGAUCCUUCUAAAUCUUGUCGGAGAAAUGUUGAGCUCAUAUCUAGAGCAGAAUCGAUUCCAAAUUGGAAUGACUGAGCUAAAGAAAUUCGAAAAGAUGGUUGAUACAAGGAAUUUGUGAGCAAAAAAUAGUUUCUUAUCUUUUCUGACGGUGAGGUUUCUUGACAUGAGCUUUUUCAAAGUUGAAGUCUGAGAAUUGAAUCUUUGAUUCCCCAGAUCGUCGCUUGGUUCACAAUGGGCCUGAUGAUCUACUUUGCGUAUAAAACGUUGCCGGAAAGACAUGAGAACAUUUUCUGCUACUUAACUAGCGAAACUACGCCAAAUUGCACCCGGUUUGAUGACAAGCAAGUCUCCAUUAAGGAGGUUUGUCCGUUUUUUUUCUUCAAUUUAUGUAUUUUCCGGAUUGAAAAGAAACGGCACCAAACUCAAAAAUUUUUUUCGAAUUUUUUUAUUUUGCUUAAGUUUGCUUUUUUUGGAAAAAUAAUUUAUUUAUAUAAUAAUUCAUUAUUGGCGACUUGCAAAUGCUUUUUUUCUCUGCGCUCUACUGGUCUCUCGAUAACCCUCUCAUGUUGACGUGCUCUUUUCAUGUUUCUCUGACCUCGCCGAAGAGGGAACAGAGAGACGCAGACACUCGAAAAGUGACAAGUCGCGGCGAACGGACUCUAAUGCCGUUUUUUGAAAUCUGCUUUUGGAUAUCACAGAACUGAAGAUGAUUUCUACAAAAAACUCCGAUAAUGCGAGAAAUUUUGAAUUGGCGCCAAAAAACGCAGCGCGACCGCUCGGCGCCCAACCAUUUCAAGCUGACUAGGAAACUUCGCGAACACGCGGAUCGAUUUCGAGCUUCGGUGGUUUAUGGACACAGAUAAGGGUACUUGAAACAGUUUUAUCACCCAAUAGUGUACCGAGAAAAAGAUUGUUACCAUACCUAGAUAUCCAUAAAAACCACCAAACUUUGAACUCGAACCGCGAAAACGAGUCUGCGUAGUUCCUUAGUGAGAUAAUGGAUUAUGAUUGUUUUGAAUGAGUUUUCAGAUAACAGAAUUCGUGAUAAGAGGCACUCUGGAGUUUACCGUACCUCUAGCAACGAUUGUCGUCUACUUCAUCAUGUGGAUCGCCUACAAAGUUGCUCCGAAAAAAAUGCACAAAUUCAAAAACCCCGUCCACUCGUUCAUUCUCACCAUCGCGUUGGCUUAUGUGAGUUUGAAAAUUUUUUUGAAAGUUUUUUUUGGAGGAAAACGCUCGAUGAAUAAUUCAGGAGGUCUCAAGCUUCGAGCCUGAAUAAGUUUUGAGAAACUUUCAAGGGUGAACUUUGAGAUAAUUCGAGAUUGUCAGACACUUCUUGAAACAGUAGACCUUUCAAAAUUGGUAAUGUUCGCUUUCUCUUCAACUUGAAGAAAGAGCCAUGUUAGUUGGUUAUUGUUAUCUAAGGGUCGAACCCUAAACCCCUAUAGAGACCACUUCGGUAUUCCUAAGAAUAUCCAUUUUGUCUUUGGGGCGGAAGUUUUUAUAGUUCUCUUUUGCUUUUUUCUUACACCGUUUCGUUUUAGCUGUAAUUUCGUCAGAGCCUUCUUUCCGAAAGAAACUUUUCCAGGAAUGUUCAUGUUUUUUUUUACUAAUGAGCUAAUUACCUUUUUCUAUGAGCUCACCUAAAGACUUUCUGUGAACUUGCAGAUCCUACAACUGAUCGACUCCUUAUCCACCUCGCUCUCCCUCCUGUCGGCCCUCGGUUCUACCAACGACAUUGGUAUUUGGGACGGUUACCUGAAGAACUCGUUCCUCUCGAUCGUCUGGAUGUACGCGCUGAUCAACCUCGAGGUUUUCCAUCGACUGACGCGUUUCGAUCACAUUCGUCUCGUGGAACGGGUCCAAAGACGUCAGCGAGCCGUCGAAGACGCCCAGGCUGCCUAA